AACUGAAAAAUGGCGUCCAACAUUGGUGAAUGGAAUGUGAUAGUUGAAGUUACUUUCUUCUGUCAUUUCGUAUAAAAGUAUCGUUUUAUGUGGUAAUUCUAUCCUUUUGUAGAAUUUAGCAGAUGAAAAUUCCAUUUCGAAUUACAAUUUUAAAAAUAUUUUUAAAUUCUUCAUUCAGAAGCAUUCUGGAUACUCGAAACCUGAAACUAUUUUUAAAAAUUUUGGCUAUUUAUUUAAUUUUGACAUGUUAUAUUAUGUACUAUUUACUGUUUUAAUAAUUUAUUAUUUAGUUUUUAAUUUAAUUAUUAUUUAAUUUUAAAAAUAUUGUUAGUAGUCAAUUUAGUUUUUUUUCAUUCACUAUUUUAAAUAUGAGUCCUUAAUCAUUUAUUUAUUUGAAUUUGAAUAAUUUAGACUUUUACUAAAAUAAAGGGAAAAUAUGUUUUUUAUUAUUGAAUACUGUGAAAUACUGUAUUUCUGUACCAAAUCAACAACUUACUUAGAAACUAUUUAACAAAUUUUAAGAGUACAAAAGAAAAUUAACCUCCAGUCUUCCAGCAAUCAUUUGUAAUUUUUUCUUACUACAUUUUUGAUCUAUACUGAGAGCUCUUUCAUCAUUGAUGAUGUAAUGAGGCUGAGGGGGUUCUUCUGAAUGAAAUGUCAACAUUUGGAAUAUGCUUACUUUUUGUUCUUCAUACCAUAAAUGUGUGUUAUAGACACUGCAGAGAAAGAGAUUAAAAAAUUAAUAAUUAAAAACACUAAUACUACUAAUAUACAAUCAGUGGUUAAUGACUUUAAUAUACAAUUUACAAAUACAAUAUUACUGUCCUUUAUUUUAUUUUGUCUAUAUUAGUUGGCAUAGGGACGCUUUUAAACUUGUAAACUUUCAUUUUUAAAAGCAUACAUGCGAUUGACUGUCACAAUCACACAUUGGCUACAUCAGAUACUAGAUAAUGAUAGAAUCCUGAGUUGAGAUUUAGUAUUGUUGUCUAGAGUCUAGUUGAUUGUUACAACUUACCAUUAUAAAUUCUUGUUUCCUUUAAUGGCUGAGUGUAUUAUUGUACAUAACUUUGUGAAUUAUUUAGUAUUAACCCAUGAAUGUGUCAGAAAUUUCAUAAUAAUUCAUUAACAAUAAAUUAUUACAUUAAAUAUAUAAUGCAAUAAAUGAAAUUCAAUUUGAUAAAUUUACAAUUUAAAUACUAUUCUUGUUUUGUCAAAGUGGCUUUAAAUCCUUACUUGACAUGAUUUAUAAAAGAUAUUUAAUGAAUUACUCAUACCAGUUAUAUUUCCAUAUUAUCUUGAAAUUUUCAACAUCUUUUUUUUUUCAUCGCAGGAACCCUAAUUAGAAAAUCAUUAAAGGACAAAAACUCCACACAGUCAUAAUUCUGCUGUACUUUCAAUUGUUUCGGCUCCGUUUAUAUAUCCUAAAAAACGGAUGUCAAAUGUAACAGAUUGGUUAUAUUUUGUUUUCAGUCCUGGGAACAUAGGAUGAUGAAGUUUUACUGGACACAUAAUUUUUCACCAUGUUUAAUGAGACAGUCAUUCCAAAGAGAAACAUCAAAUUUAUUCAAGAUUAACAGGGUUUGGAAAUGAGAUUUAUUUGUGAAACUAUAUAAUUUUGUCCCCUUGAGUUUACUGUAUUGCACCGUACUAAGUAACUCUGUGAUAGUAAGCAAUUUUUCUGGACGUGUAAAUUUCAACAAACUGUUUUGGGAAGCCUGAAAAUGAAUCGCUACCAAAUUUCCAAGCAGCUUGGGGAUGGGACUUAUGGGAGUGUUUUACUGGCUACAACCGUGGAAACCAAUGAAAAGGUGGCCAUCAAAAAGUAAGUGAAACUUUGAUUUUAUUAGCUGAAAUUAAGAAAACAAUAUAGAAAACAAAAUCCACAAUAUGAAAAAAGCCACACAAAUUAUGUCAUCAUAAGAUGUCAUGGGAUGAAGGAAUUUAAAAACGAUAAAGAAUCAUUUAAGAGACAUUUAAAGACAUUUUUCUUCAAAUAAAGUUAACGACAUCAGAGCGCUUUGAGUAUGCUAGAAUAGCAUGGACACAAGCGCUAUACAAGAAAUUAUCAUCAUGUGCUAAUGGACUGAAUGAGUUUCAUUAUUUUAUGCUGAAAGUUUAUCAUUAAAAAGUUUUUAGGAUUUCAGUACAACACCCGAUACUUUACCCUGCUGAUAAGUAAUCAAAUAAUCACAUACAUUUUUAGAUCUUGAAACUACAAAACACUUAAUUUUGAUAACAUAGGCUUCCUAUAUUAGGGCAUUUUAAAGUUUCUUUGAUGCCCAAACUUGUCCUCUAGUGCAGCUUUCUUUGUCUUCUGCAGUCCGUCCCUGUUAAGCUCUUAAAAAAAAUACAAGAUAGCAAAAAUAAUACUAUAACAAUAUCAUACUUAAGCCUGUAGGCAACAAUUUUUCAUAAAUUAUUGUUUAUUAUCUGUCCAUAAAGAUUAUAUUUAUGAAAAGAAAUAACAUAUAAAUGUGUAAAUUAUGAAACAGUGUUUUUUUGGGUAAGCCUGAAAAAAAAGGACACAACAAUUAAAAAACUUGUCAGCAAGAAGCCUUCAUCAGCAUACAAACAAUUGUAAAAAUAAAAUUAAAAUAAUUCUGAGGUUCAAUGUAGUACCUGAGAGGACAGCAAGAGGAAAGUGACAGAACAUAAAUAGGUGAGAGAUUUAAUACAAGCAAAUUGGGACAGAAGUCUACUGCGAUUGGCCUUAAUGAGGAGAAGGUGGAGAAAAGGUUUAAAGAGUGAAUGAGAACAUGCCAGUGGUGUCAAGGUUCCAUAGGACUGGAUCAGUAUGUUUUUUUCCUCACUUCCACCCCACUUGGCCUGUAUUUAAUCUCUCACCUACUUAUGUUCUGCCCCAUCCUUCCGAUGUCCUCUCUGAUACUACAUUGCAGCUUAAUGUUAUUUAAAUUUAUUUUUUACUGUUGUUUGUACGCUGAUGAAGGCUUUUUACUUACAUGUUCGUUGUUUUGUUGCAUCCUUUUUUUUUUGUUUCGCUCAUUUCCUUUUACCUAACCUGAUUGCAGACUCUCCCCCCUUUUACCAUUGCUUUAGGUAUACCUUUUCAUUUACUUAACACUCAAAAAAAUAAUUAAGUCUUAUUAAAAUAAAGCUUUAAUUCACUAAGUUCUGUAUCAAUUAAUUAAUUAUUUUAAUUGAAAAAUGAUUUUGAUAAAUUGCUUAGUUUUAUGUCUUGUUUCUUUUAUAAAAACAUUAUCUUAUUCGAUUUGUAGCAUCACUUCCUUAUCUACUCUAUAGUCUUAUAAAUCAAGGUCAUUUUCCUUUAAAUAUUAAGCAUACUUCUUAUCACAAACUAAAAUUAAUCAAAUGCAAAAGGAAGGCAGUUAUAUAUGCUUUCAAGAUUGUAUUAUAAAAGAAAGGUUGAAAUUGUUGAAUUAUACCAUUGAUUUACAUAGCAGUCUGCAAUUUGAAUUCUCAUUAUCAAAUUUUCAAUUAUGAAAAGUUGAAAUAGCGGUGGCCAACACCAUUUAGAGAAAGUUAUUGAUUAUUUGUUCUAGAUCAAAGAAGUAAAAGAAUACACAUGGGAAUCAAUAGCGACAAUCAAACAGUUCCCUCCACAAACAUUUCCCCUCUAUUGAGUAGGCAGGGUUUAGCAUUGUUAUCAGCAAUGUUAAUCUAUGGCUCAGUGGUGCCAGUCAAUGCAGGAAUUUUAACUGGAAUGGAUCAAUAGAUUAUGGCAGGGAAUCUCAUGGAGUGUCUACACAGCCUGCAUUUGUUGAUAUAGAGUACAAUUUAUUCUUUUUACAAAUUUGAACAGGCACUUUCUUAAUUUCUUAUAAGGCUGCCAUAUAAGUUUUGUAAAUUUCUUGAGAACCUGAAAGAAAAUAUAAAGAAUAAACCAUUUAAUCAACAAAUAUUUGAUUGAUAGUUGAAAAAUAAGAUGAUUUUUAAGGAAUUUUGUAAAAAAAAUAUUGUUUUUUUUAAGUUAAAUAGGUUAAACUGGCAUAUUUAUAUACUUGUUUUGAUGGGAUAAUCUCCAACUGUUUAGUUAUCUUAAGAAAUAUACUUAAAACUUGCAUUUUGGGAUAAUUUAUAGUGUAUUUAUUGAUACAUUCUGGUAAAGUAUAAACACAUUUAAUAAAAUAUAACACUUAUUACUUUUAAAAAAAAAGGUUUUAAAUGGCAAUUUUACAUAUGUCUGUUAGGAGUGAAACACAUUUUUAAAAAUUAAUCAGUGAAUACUGUUCAUAAUAAAAAAAAAACUAGACUAAAUGCUAAUUAAGCGUUUAUCAUUAGUUAAAAAAUGCUUAUUAAAUAUUUUUACAUCAUUCUUCGCAUCCCUAACAAACAAAUACAACACUUAAAAAAAGAUUAGCAUGAACAAUCUUGAAAUUCAUUAUUUUAAAUAUUGAAUUUGUUAUGAUUUGUCAAUGCAGACUACUUAAAUAUUAUGUACUAGAUAGGCCUAUACUUCUGAAAUAUUUUGUACACUCUUGCAGGAUGAAAAAGAAAUACUACUCUUGGGAUGAGUGCUUAAACCUCAGAGAGGUCAAGGUGAGAAUGAAUUAACAGUUUGAUGAUAUAAAACCAAUAUAAUUCUGAAUUUAUUUUGCAUGUGUGGGUGGUAACAAAGGGUAAUUAUUUGAAGUGAUUUUACCUUUUCAAUAAAUUCUUUAAAGCCCCAUCCAUAUCUCCUUUUCAUCCCUUCCAUUGUUUGUAGACUUCAUCCAUUAUACUGAGACUUAAUGCCUUUGCCAUAUUUUCAAAAUAUUUACUUUAACCUAUCAUGAAAGUUCCAAGAUAGUGAAGACUCUAUAAUAAUUCUGCACUGAAACCACUAAAGCUGAAAUUUUUUACUAUUAAAAGGAAACAGUAAGGGGCCAUCCAUAAAUUGACAUAAAAGUCACUCAAAUUUUGCAAAUUUCUGAACCCCCCGCUCUCCCAUACUUUGUUUCGCACCCCCCUCCCCCUCUCUCAAAUAAAAUGUCUCAAAUCUCUGCAUCCCCCUCCCCCCCUCUAAAAAGUCUGUGUUCACCACUGUCCUUUACAAACCCUUAAGAAAUCUGUGGAUAUCAAAUUACUGCACCUGUGUCAGAAACAUCUCACUAGAUCAGUUGAUCUUAACCAGGGGUAAAAGUACCUCCACAGCCAUCAGGUGUGGAAGACCAGAAAAUUGUAUUCAGUGGGGUAGCUAGGGGGUGCAGACCGCACCGGGUGACACCAUCUCAGGGGGUGACACCAAAUUGAAAAAUUGCGUAUUUACAGAGCACAAACUGCUCUGUCUGACCGAAUUUCAUAAAAGGAUAACAAAAGACACAUACAUAUUCCACCCAUGUAGCCAAUCAAAAUGUGAGUUUUAUUAAAAUUUCAAGGUUGGUGCGUCAGCAAUUAUGUUACCUUAUUUAUUAGGUCAGAAACACACCGUUUUGACCAUGUUUCAAUGCCGAAUGAAGUGUACGGUAACUUUUGAAAGUGACAGGAAGCUAUAUUUAUCUAAAUUCUGAGAAAUAAAGCUAUCUUUUGAUAACAAUGGGUGAAUCUAAGUACGUGUCACAGUUCUUAAAUACAUUUACCUUCAAUUACUUUGUUUUUGUUCUUGUAUUUGUUUUACUGUGGUAUAAGUUUAACAAGAAGAAUUACAUCAUGGAAGUCGAGUGGGGGGGGGACACCACAAGCUUACCAGACCGGGUGACACCAGCCUUAGAUACGCCACCGAUUGUAUUUGCUACCAUUGCUAGUUGCAGCUGCUCUUUGAAAAGAAAAAAAAAAAAGUUUUUAUUAAUUUGAUUAGCAGCAGUAAAUAUUUUUCUGGUGAAUUUUAUAGGUGCAUUGCUUGUAUUGGUAAUUUUUUCUGUUGUUUAUAAAAAAUUAAUUAAAGAAAUAAAACUAUGAUAACUAAAUUAUUUAAUUGUUUUUAAUUUUAUUACAAUAUAAUUUAUAGGGUUGGUGGGGGGGGGGAUGUUUAAAAUGGAGUGGGCCUGCAACACUUCAAAAAAGGUUAAGAAUCCAUGCCCUAGAGCCUUUAAUAAGACACCCCCUACCCCCACCCAUGAACCUUUUUCUUUCAUUCCAUCCCAUUUCAUGCUGUAGCUCUAAUUCUAUGAUUCCCAUGUCCAGAUUUAGCCAUAUAUUCUCAGGACUGUCAUUGCAACUACAUCCCGAUUCUCCUCCUCCUUGGCAUCCUGUAAUUUAAUCGAGGCCAUUUUUCGGACUUCGCAUACCUGUACUGAUUCUCUCAGUGAUAACAGUUUAAAAAUAAAAUAAUUAUAAUUGUUGUAUAAAAGAAUAAAGUAAAAAAUGUCGGUAAUUUAGGGUUAUUAAGUGCAAUUCUUUACAUUAAUAUUCCGUCUUUCAUGUGAUAUCACAUUGCUUUUUCGUCACACAUCGUUACAAAAAUCUGACCCCCCUAGGCGCUUGCCAUCAUUUAUGGAUGGCCCCUAAUUAACUUAUAAUUUUCUAGACAUUAAGCCUAAUUGUUAGCAGGCAGUAGCUAGAUAGAUCAAAGUGAUAGCAGAUCAACUGAUAUUUUAUUGAUUUAUUUAACAAGCGAUCUUCUAUUGUAAAGUAACAAUGUAAAAUAUCUUGAAUCAGUCAUUGAUUCUAAAAACAAUAAUAUAUAUUUUUAUACUUGAAACUUAAACCAUAUUUCUUUGUAUUCUUUUAUUCUUUUUAUUAAAAUAACUUUAUAUGAAAAAAGAUGUUUAAAAAAAAAAAUAAUGAAUGUUUGGCUUAAUUUUUUAACACACAUUGUUAUGCAUUAUGUGUGUUAAAAAAUUAAGCCAAACAUUCAUUUUUAAAUUAAAAAAAAAACACGUUUUUUUUAUAUAAAAUUAUUGAAAUAGUGUUUCAAUUUUAAUUAUGUGAUACUCACAGAAAAAAAAUAAUCCCCAACAAAAUAAAAGAGAAUGUGAAGCCGUCAUUGCCGUUAAGCCUUUUGGUUGUUGUCAAAAAAAAAUUGUUAUGUAACUAAAUUGUGAUUCCAUCCCCAGUCGCUGCGCAAAUUGAAUCAUCCAAAUAUUGUUAAGCUGAAGGAGGUUGUUAGAGAAAAUGACAUGCUGUACUUUGUGUUUGAGUUCAUGAAAGAAAAUCUUUACCAAAUGAUGAAAGACAGGUAGGUGUUUGGUUGAAAGGGGUUGAAAUGUUUUGCAGUUUUAUCUAAAUCUGUGAUAAGAUCAUAAGAUCAAACAUUUUAAUAAAACUUUGGUCAAAUUUUGUAUUUCUGAGCAGAUUUGUCUGGUUUCUUUUCACAGAGACAAACUUUUACCAGAAUCUGUUGUAAGAAAUAUCACAUACCAGGUACUUCAAGGCUUGUCUUUCAUGCAUAAGCAUGGUAAGUUUGUACAAAGAAAUAAACAUACUAAUCACUCAGUAGAGUUAACUUUGCAAAUAUGGACUGAUUAUAUGUAAAUGUAUUACUGUAUUUAGAAUUCUUCAUCAUGGAAUUUUUUAACAAUAUAAUAAUAGGUACAGGUUAGGGGUCGCAAUACCGGUCACUUUUACCAAAACCAGUAUUUUCAAUAUUGAAGUAUACGAAUACAGGUAUCUCGAUAUUUCGAUGUUUUCAAUUUUUAGAGAAUUUUUUGUCGGGCUUCGAGAUGACAAUUUAUCAACGAAAUAAAAACAUUCAUAAAAAAAUCCCAUUUUGAUUUUUAAUAAGUUUUUAAGAGUAACACGAAUGUCUAACUUCAGCCUUUAAUGGAACGGAACAAAAAUAAUAUUCUAAACUUUUUAAUUUAAAUAGUUUUAUUAAUUAAAUAUUAAAAUAAUUUGUGUUGUUUUAACCUUUGGUCAAAUUUAAAUAAUUAGAUAGUAAAAAUGACAACUUGUCUAAUCUUUGAUUGCUUUAUUUUUUGACCACAAAUGGUUGCAAAAGUAAUCUGAUGACGAGAACAUCCGCUCAGACUCCACCCUUCAAAUGCAAUUUCUAGAUAUUUUUUCUCUUGAACUGCCAUUGUCAAAUAGAGCCUUCUCUAUUUUUACAAAUGUAUCAAUGUCUCCAAUCAGUUGGUCUGGAAGUAUUAUCCAAAACCUGAAGUUUCUUUUGUAUUUCAAUUUCUAAUUGUCUCGUAGAAAUGCAUCCAUAUAGUCAUUUGACGAAUCAAAGUACACCAUAGGGUUACUAUCCUUCCCAACAUGUCUGCUAAACUAAUCCACCUUGUGCUGCAAUCUAAAAUCAAAUUAAGCUCACGACCAAUUCCCUCUGUUACAUAUUUCUGAAGAAUCGUAUUUUUUGGUAUUUUUUUUCCAACAAUUGUAAACAUUUUCUUGCUGGCAUGCUGCCAAUCACUCUUACUAGGCCAAGAUUGACAAAUUCAUUGGUUCACAUAGGGCUAUUAAUGUUUACGUUCACAAAAUGACGAUUUUCCAAUCUCUUCCAUGCAUCCAGUGUCAAAGACAGCUUAACUCUUUAUUCUUUCAGCUUACGCAGUUUAUUAAUCAAAGAGUCUUAACAGUCUCAUCGCACUUUAUCAUCAUGUUUUUAAUUGAAUUAUAGGAUGGAGGCAAAUUGUAGCAACAUUGCUUCUUGAAUCAUCUUUGAUUAUUAGAAAUAAUAAAAAAACUGAAUGGAAGAUCUUCUAAAGCUGUCAUACCAGAAACUGUUUCUGCUAAGGUGUUUGAAUUUAAAAGUAGUCUGUUAAUUUGCUUUUUAAAAUUUUCUUGGUGUUUCCAUCGGUCAUCUCUUUUUGAACUUGAGACAUGUGGUGUGAGGGAUUCGCACAUCACGAUUAUUAUUGAUAUGAUAUUGAUUAUUGAUAUGUAUGAAAUUAUUGAUAUGUCUUGCUUUAACUACGACAUGGAAACUAAAUAUAGCGAUAUAAGGUUUUUAAAAAUUAAAUACCAGAAAUUUAAAAAAUCCACGUUUUCAUAAAUCCAAUCCCGGUAUUUUCAAGCAUUCAUUAUAGUCCGAUAUCCCAGUAUCUUCGAGUGUCGGGAUCCCGCUUUGUGACCCCCUAGUAGAGGUUGAAAAUUUUUUUCAGUUCAGCAGCAAUAAAACUUAUGAAUGCCAUGUUGUGUGUUGACAGGCUUUUUUCAUAGAGAUCUCAAACCAGAGAACUUGCUGUGUAAUGGGACAGAGCAGGUCAAGAUUGCAGACUUUGGGUUAGCCAGGGAAAUAAGAUCACGGCCUCCCUAUACAGACUAUGUUUCUACACGAUGGUAGGUACCUUCUCUCAGACCAUGUUUCUACACGAUGGUAGGUACCUUCUCUCAGACCAUGUUUCUACACGAUGGUAGGUACCUUCUCUUACACUAUGUUUCUAUACGAUGGUAGGUACCUUCUCUUAGACUAUGUUUCUAGAUGAUGGUAGGUACCUUCUCUUAGACCAUGUUUCUACACGAUGGUAGGUACCUUCUCUUCGACUAUGUUUCUAGAUGAUGGUAGGUACCUUCUCUUACACUAUGUUUCUAGAUGAUGGUAGGUACCUUCUCUCAGACCAUGUUUCUGCACGAUGGUAGGUACCUUCUCUUACACUAUGUUUCUAGAUGAUGGUAGGUACUUUCUCUCAGACCAUGUUUCUACACAAUGGUAGGUACCUUCUCUCAGACCAUGUUUCUAGAUGAUGGUAGGUACCUUCUCUCAGACCAUGUUUCUACACGAUGGUAGGUACCUUCUCUUAGACUAUGUUUCUAGAUGAUGGUAGGUACCUUCUCUUACACUAUGUUUCUAGAUGAUGGUAGGUACCUUCUCUUAGACCAUGUUUCUACACGAUGGUAGGUACCUUCUCUUCGACUAUGUUUCUAGAUGAUGGUAGGUACCUUCUCUUCGACUAUGUUUCUAGAUGAUGGUAGGUACCUUCUCUCAGACCAUGUUUCUGCACGAUGGUAGGUACCUUCUCUUACACUAUGUUUCUAGAUGAUGGUAGGUACCUUCUCUCAGACCAUGUUUCUACACAAUGGUAGGUACCUUCUCUCAGACCAUGUUUCUAGAUGAUGGUAGGUACCUUCUCUCAGACUAUGUUUCUACACGAUGGUAGGUACCUUCUCUUACACUAUGUUCUAGAUGAUGGUAGGUACCUUCUCUUAGACUAUGUUUCUACACGAUGGUAGGUACCUCCUCUGGCCCAUAUCAGGUUCAGCGCCAUAUGUAAAGGUUUUCUUGGAGUCUAAUGUGGUUACCAAUGUUGUUUGACUGCUCAAAACAAUUAAAAACUUGAUAUGCUCCUGGGUCCCAAUUUAAUUUGAAUUUUUCCCAUGAAUAGGUUAUCACAAAUAAUAAUUCUCUAAUUACGCAUGGCUAUAAUGCUUUGUUCAAUAGCGUGAAAAAUAUUAUUUAUGAUUUUAAAGGGGAUUCUUAAAAAGCUCUGACGGCUAGAUUUUUUUUUUUUUUUCAGAAAUUGCAUCCAUUCAAAUCUGGCAAAAUAAAUCUGUUUAGGCCUAUAAGUAAAUGUAUAAAUUCUUUAAUAUGUAUGUAUUAUUUUUAAAAAAUUAGAAAUAUAUUUAGUAAAAUAAAAUUCCCCUAAGUUAGCACUAAUUGGGAUUCUUAUAAAGUGGCCUACUUGAAUGCCUGUUUUGUGAAGUAACUUUAGUAGAAGGGAAGUUCACACUUUGCCACCGCCAUUCUUUUGGCCGGUUACUUCUAGUAGAUAAUACUUAAUAAAAGAUGAUAUGUUGGAAGUUAUUUUGAUCCUUUUCUUCUGUAUCAUAAUUUUACAAUUUUACUUUUGUAAGGUAUCGAGCACCUGAGGUGUUACUGCGAUCUACAAACUACAGCUCUCCCAUUGAUAUGUGGGCAGUUGGUUGCAUAAUGGCAGAGUUGUAUACCCUGAGGCCUCUGUUCCCCGGCAGUUCAGAAAUUGAUGAGAUAUUCAAAAUAUGCUCUGUGCUUGGCACACCAAAGAAGGUUACAACAUUUUUUUGUGUGUACACUUAAUCACAGGAUUAUCAUAACACCUGAGUCUCUUCAAACUUUCAUGUCAAUGUUGAAAGUAUUCAGGUGGGGGUAGAAGUAGUACCGGUAUACAGUUUUAUAGUUUCAAUGUUCAAAACAUCAUUACAUUCAGGUGGUGGUAGAAAUAGUACAGGAAAACAAUUUUAUAGUUUCAUUCCUCACAUGAAUAAUAUAGAAAGAUAAUUUCUGAAGAAAUAUGUUGAAUUUAUUUUCAUUUUAAAUUGAAAAGUUUAAAGUUUUUGAAGAUUAUUAAAUGCUUGUGUGGAACAUAACCUUUUGAUGUAAGUCAUUUAGAUGUGGCCAGUAAUGGGUUACACUACUUCCAGUAAUAUGAUACACUACUUCCAGUGAUGUGAUACACUACUUUCUCAAGUGUUAGGGUUAGAUCAUUGUAUUUACAAUACAUGUAUAACUUUAAUUUUUUUGGUAAUUUUAGCAUUUGUAUUCAAUAUUUGUGUGUAGGUUGCUUUAAGUUCUGAAAUAUAUUUGUUUAAAAAUUAAAUCAAUUAAUUAAUAUGUUUAAAAAAAAUAUUUGUUUCAUAUAUUGUUGAAUUUGCCAACUUGGCCACUUGUCCUUCAAAAUUUCAUGUUUGAUUGCAGGAGGACUGGAAUGAAGGUUACCAGCUUGCUGCUGCUAUGAAUUUCCGCUUUAGUCAGUGUGUACCAGUGCCACUGAAACAGGUCAUACCAAAUGCCAGCAACGAUGGCCUUCAGGUGCUUAAAGAUAUGCUCAUGUGGAAUCCACAGAAACGACCCUCAGCUCCACAGGUGAGUCAAUGAAUAUUAAUGUGACGCUCAAUUUAAAGAUCUGUUUGAUCUAUUUUUAGUAGCUGAUUCACUGUAAUUUUCUGCUUUAAAAAUACUUAUGCUUUUGACAUUACAAAAAUUCAAUUACGCAACAUUAUUCACUGUCAUUCCUUGGAUCAUCAACAUCUUAAAUUAUAAUUGUGUAAAAUUGUCCUAUAUUUUGUGUACCCACAAUUUGAUUGUAUUUCAGUCUUUGCGGUAUGGUUUUUUCCAAGUUGGUACAGAUCUUAUGCGGCCGCCGCCAGUGUCCAAAACCCCUGUAAAUCUACCAUCCCAGGCAUCCCCAUCACAGAAACCCAUGGCCAAACCCCCAAGUACAUACCCAGAAUCAAAGCCCAAUGACUACAGCUUCCACCCACAGCCACAGAGAGUAGCGGAUGAUUUCACAGAUGGACUACCAGCCGUACUGAAUCAGGCUCCUAAACAAAAUGACUCUGUAAGUUCACACCAAUAAAACUAAAUCUCUCCAGGAGAGACCUCUCUGUUACUCAAUGCAUAAUUUAAUUUAGAAGUGAAUCUACAGAUAGAGUCAGAUACAUUUUGGGAUGGUGGCGUCCGGUAGGCUCUUAAACCGAGUAGUAUUAUAUAUCAUGGCAUCCAAUCUGUCCAUAUCAUGGUGUUCUACGUGUAUCUUAUGGUGUCCCACCUGCCUCAGACAUAGUGUCUCAACUCUCCAUAUUGUGUUUCACCCAUACUUAACAGUAUGGUGCCCCAUCUGUCAGUAUCAUGGUGCCCCAUGUGUCAGUAUCAUGGUGUUUCACUUGUUAGUUUUCCACCGUCCCACCUGAAUGGUGAGUUUAUUAUACAGCAAUGACAUACAACAUAAUUCAAAUGAGGUAUCAAUGAAACAUUGAAGUCUAACUAAUAAUCUAUUUGUAUUUCAUGCAGGACAUAUUUGCAAUGACAGUCAGUAAAAAACAGAGUGGUGGACGCAAGCGAUGGGGCACUGGCCUCUCAGACACCUGGGAGGAUUUGACAGAAUUUGACUUUGUCCCCAAUAAGACAAACAAGAAAGUGACAGUUCCCCCAAGAAACAAUAACAAUGCCUUUGGCAAAGAAAAUAAUACAACCAUUACAGAUGAUGACUUUUUUGGGUAAGCUGGACUAAUCUCAGAACACAACUUAACAUCACCUGGGUACAAGGGCUAACAUCACCUGGGUACAAAGGUUAACAUCACCAGGAUACAAAGGUUAACAUCACCUGGGUACAAGGGUUAACAUCACCUUGGUACAAAGGCUAACAUCACUUGGGUACAAGGGUUAACAUCACCUGGGUACAAAGGCUAACAUCACCUGGGUACAAAGGUUAACAUCACCUGGGUACAAGGGUUAACAUCACCUUGGUACAAAGGCUAACAUCACUUGGGUACAAGGGUUAACAUCACCUGGGUACAAAGGCUAACAUCACCUGGGUACAAAGGCUAACACUUGAUAAAAAUGGUUUUCAGAGGUCAAGAGAGAAUGGGCCUUGUGACUUUUUGAGGCUCCACAAAUAGAUUUAAAAAAAAAAAAUUUAACUUCCAAAUUAAAUUUAUAAUAUUAGUAAAAUAUAAAUAAAUCAAAUUGAAAAAUAACAAUAUUACUGAUGAGAGAAAAAUGUUAUGUUUGAAAUUUAGAAUAAUAACUUAAGCUGAUAGUUUUUAUAGUCACAUAUUCUUUAAUGUGUACUUUGGACAGGAUAGUUUUUAUAGUCACAUAGUCUUUGAUGUGUACAUUGGAUGUGAACGUUUUUAUAGUCACAUUCUUUAAUUGGACAUUCCCAUGAAUACUAGGCCCUGGCAAAAAUGGAGUUACUGUGGGUAAAACAGGAUUGUUACAACAGAUACAUAUAUCAUUUUGAUAUACCAAUAGAUUUAUCUCUAGAUUGUUACAACAUAUUCAUAUCAUUUUGAUAUCCCAUUAGGUUAUCUUGAUCUGUGCGUUAUUAGGCAAUAUUAAUCUUUAACAAGAGUUUGUCUUGAGAUACACUUGUCUUUAGAUACACUUGUCUUGAGAUACACUUGUCUUUAGAUACAAUUGUCUUGAGAUACACUUGUCUUGAGAUACACUUGUCUUGAGAUACACUUGUCUUGAGAUACAAUUGUCUUGAGAUACAAUUGUCUUGAGAUACAAUUGUCUUGAGAUACACUUGUCUUGAGAUACACUUGUCUUAAGAUACAAUUGUCUUGAGAUACACUUGUCUUGAGAUACACUUGUCUUGAGAUACACUUGUCUUGAGAUACACUUGUCUUAAGAUACACUUGUCUUUAGAUACAAUUGUCUUUAGAUUCAAGUGUUUUCAGAUACACUUGUGUUUAGAUACAAUUGUCUUGACAUACACUUGUCUUUAGAUACAAUUGUCUUGAGAUACACUUGUCUUGAGAUACACUUGUCUUGAGAUACACUUGUCUUGAGAUACACUUGUCUUGAGAUACAAUUGUCUUGAGAUACACUUGUCUUGAGAUACACUUGUCUUGAGAUACACUUGUCUUGAGAUACACUUGUCUUGAGAUACACUUGUCUUGAGAUACAAUUGUCUUGAGAUACAAUUGUCUUGAGAUACACUUGUCUUGAGAUACACUUGUCUUAAGAUACAAUUGUCUUGAGAUACACUUGUCUUGAGAUACACUUGUCUUGAGAUACACUUGUCUUGAGAUACACUUGUCUUAAGAUACACUUGUCUUUAGAUACAAUUGUCUUUAGAUUCAAGUGUUUUCAGAUACACUUGUGUUUAGAUACAAUUGUCUUGACAUACACUUGUCUUUAGAUACAAUUGUCUUGAGAUACACUUGUCUUGAGAUACACUUGUUUAGGGGAGCACACACAGUUUGUGAUUUUUUUUCCCCAAAUAAGUUUAUAGUACCUUAAGUUGAAGGAUACUUCAUUAUUAAAUCCUUAAAAGGGGAGAGUUCAUCUUAGAUCAAGCUACAUGUUUUAGUGCACCUUUUACCUUUACAAAUUAAAUAUUUGACUGCACUCAAGCAAGCAGUAUUUAUACUUUUUAUAUUUAAAAUACAUGGGCAGUCCUCUACUUCAGGGCUUAUUUAUAGACUUGAAGUUUAUUCAGAUCUUUUGUUACCUUUGGGUUUUCCAACUGUUUAUUUUAUAAUUGUUUGUUACAUCUGGCAGAGGCCUUCUGCCCAAAAGGAACCAAGGCAACAAGCAACAGAAUAGGUUGAACUCUGGCCGAUCUUCAGCAGCAUCUUCUGCCAAACAACACUACCUUAGUAAAUCUAGAUAUUUGCCAGGUAAGUUUAUACAGUAUGAGUUUUCACAAAUGGAUAGAGAUUUAAUUUGUAACAUGAUUUAAUCAAUCAUUAUUCAUUUGUUAUUAUGGAACAGGAAAAAUAAAGUGUUUUUUAAGUGCUGUGGAUUAAAGUUAUGUCUUUAUAUUCAAACUCUUUUUUGAGUUUUGUUAUUAAUAUUUUUGUCAAACCACUCCAGGCAUCAAUCCUAAAACUAGUGCCCGUCGAGACAGCACACGCAGAGAUAGCUUCGGCUUAGGAAGUGACUGGAACACUGCACCUCUGCCCAAGGCCCAGCCAUUGGGAUCCAUCAAUUCAAAUAACAGUGAGCUUUUCCCAUUUUAGAUCUCAUCCUGGCCAUUUAACAGACUGUAGGCUAGUACUCAGGGUGUGAACAUACCAUUUUGUUUCAGCUUAAAUAAAAAAACAAACUCUAACUCCUUUCUGAGUGUGUUUUUGAUACGACAUUUGAGUGCUUGCUAUUAAAAUAAUUUUGUUCUUUUACAUAAAAUGCUCUUACAUUUUUCAGAGUGUAUCUCUUCUAAAGCUUUGAUAUAAAAACAUUGAAAAUAUUUCCUUUUCAUUACCACUGUUUCUGUUCCUUAAAAAACAAAACAAAUUGACUUUGAACUUUUUUUUUGCAUUGCUUCUUUUCCCUACUGUUAUGUUUGCUGUGUAGCUUUCUCUUUUGCCAAAAUAAUUUUUUUUUUAACCUUUGGUUGGUUUGGGGGGGGGGGGGCAACUGGAAAAAAUGUUAAAAAUAUUUGACUUGAUUUCAUGUGAAAUUGGUUUAGGUAUACUAUUUUCCCAUUUUUUUUUAAGUUGUUUCAAUGAAUGGAGAUUUUUUUUUCUUUUUUUUUUUUCCUUUUUGUUUAUUUUUCUUUUUUUCUUUCUUUUUUUCUAAUAUUAUUUUUUUUUUUACCUUUUGUUUGUUUUGGGGGGGGGGGCAACUGGAAAAAAUGUUAAAAAUAUUUGACUUGAUUUCAUGUGAAAUUGGUUUAGGUAUACUAUUUUCCCAUUUUUCUUCAAGUUGUUUCAAUGAAUGGAGCCGGAAUGAAAUUUCCUUCACAACAUCUGGCUAGACUUAACUGAGAACUAUCUCAGAUUUUGUUCUUAAUAAAGCUCUAAAGUUAAGUUUUUAGUAUGUCCCUAAUGAACCUGAAAUAAUAAAAAAAUAUUAAAUUGAAUCUUUCGUUCAAGUGAAGCCGCCAGAACAUUUUUAAAAAUCUAAACACAAUCACUUUAAAAAUAAGGUGACAUAUAUGGCAGGUUUUGGAGCUGAAUGGUGCUAUUCAUUGUCUACUACUUUUGAAACCAUUUUACAGGAGUGCCUAGAGCUCAGAAUAAUGACAGUGAUUAUAUCCCAUCUUUUCUUGGUGGGAAAGGUAUGGUAACUGUUAUCAUAGCCCAAUCCUAGUUGUUUUUCAUUUUUUUCAAUCUCACAUCAUGCAAUUAUUCUACUUUAAAAAUUCAUUGCUUUUCAUUUCCUGCUUUUAUUUGAUAAGUCUUAGAUCUUAAUUUUGCUUUCAUCUUUUUACAUUUGAUUAAUUUUCCUUAAAAUUUUCUUUCCAUAUUUAUUUAUUAUAUUUUCAAAAAAAUCAAUUUACAAAAGCCAUCUGAUUGAAACUCACUGAUAGCAAAUUAGUACAUGGGCAAUUUUUAAAAUUUUUUAAAAUUUUCAAAGAGGUAACCAUAGUUUUAAUGUACAGAAGAUUUAUGUAAAUAAUUAAAUCAAGAAACAUUUGUAUAAAAAUCAGUCUUCAACAAAGCAUUUGUGAAAGCUAAUUUUAAUAGCACAAAUUUUGUUGUCACCAUUUUCUAAAAUUUGAGUUAAUCUAAAUCAAAGUUCAAUGUUCAGCCUAUUAAAGAGCUAACAAAAUAUAAGUUUUUAAUUAAAUUGAAACAAUUGCUGAAUUAACAUUACUAAAUUUAACAGUAUUGAGUUUUUGCGGUUUUCAAUUUACAAUGAUAUUAUAAUUUUGUAUAUAAAUUUUGUAAUGACAUAAAAAAUAAAGCUGUAGAUAUUAAUAAAUUAAAUUUUUUCUAAAAUAAGAAUCUUGAGCCAAAAUUACAGCGAUGAAAAUCUUUAGUAUCCCAUCUAAGUAAAGACUCAAAGAUUUGAAAUGUAAACAUGGAAACUAUAACAACACUAAUGUCAAGUUAAAUUAGAGGUGGCUAAAAACAUGUAAAAUUUUGUAUCAUAUCAAUUACUUAUGCAACUAACCUUUAAACAAAAUGCAAGCUCAUGAUAUUUUGUCGCUUAACAAUACUUUUUUUUUUCAAGUGCUCCAGAAUUAUAUUUUGUAAUAAAUGUAUAUUUUCAGGCCAAUAUGUUUAGUUGUUUUUUUCCUUUUUUUAGGUGGUGCUGGUGGUGUAGGCUUUGGUAGUCCAAGCAACUUCAACAAUCCACCGACAUAUGGCAGCCCAUCUGGUGCAGGGGGCUUUGGUGGUGGUCCAUCAGGCCUUGUCAAUCCUGCAGGCAGGGGCCUAGGAAAUAACUUUGGGGGAGCUCAACCCACUGUUGGUGGGGGCUACAAAGGUGCCUCUGGAGGAGGAAGUUACCAGCCUUCUUUUAAUCAGCCUUCUGGUACUUCUGGGUAUCAGCCUUCAAUGGUCAGCAGCUGGAAGAAACCGGCACCCUUGCCAGCAGUUGGGACCAGCAAAAAACCUACAGGAUCCUCAAAUUACGGUCCUGGGCCUCGGCGAACUGACUGGACACAAAAGUAAGUUCUUUUCAAAGUUUAAUUACUCAUUUCAUUAUGAUUACAAAAAUAAAUAAAAUCCUUUGUUCAUUGUGAGAGAAUCAAACACCUGGUCAUAUAAAUGGAAGAAUAACUCAUUUUAUUUGGAUCCUUUUAUAAUACAUGUAAAACAUUUUUGAAAUAUCGAUAUUUGUAACAGAUUAAAAUAUCUUCUUCUUUUUCUAUAAAUUAAGGGCCCACGAUCAAUUUAUUGAUCAUUUUGGCUCCUAUGCUUGUAGAGGGGAUUUGCAAUGUUUCUGUGCCUGGUGUUGAUGAGGAUAUUUCACUGGUUGCAAGGGCCACUUUGUGAGGGUAUCAUGCACUGGGGGUUGGAAGGCCUGAGGCAAAAGAUGCAAAUGUUUCUAGUGUUGUCGCCUCAACUGUUCCCUUUGAAAGCUUGUUCCAGUCCCUGAUUGUCUUGGGCAGGAAUGAGCAGUCCCUAUACUGGCUUCAAGCUGGUAUGAGCCGGAAUUGCCUGUCAUGGCCUCGUUGCUGUCUAUAGGGGAGAGGGAUGAGUUUCUGUUAAAUACUGGAACAGUGGACCAGCAAUUGCUCUUGAGCUCCUUCCAUGUGAAAACAUUUGUUAGUAAGAAAGGAUGGAGAGGAUUCAAAUUUCCCAAUAAUGUUGUUUAUAAGUGUCAAUAUGUUUUGAAAAAAUUAGCACUUAAAAAAUUAUCCAUUAAAAUAUAAAACAAAAUUAAUUUCUCAAAACACUUAAUGUAGUUUAAAACUCAAUUUUCUCUAAAAUGUGAGUAAUUUAACUAGUUUUAAGAUGAUGACCAGGAGAGGCACCACCUGCCAGUUACACCACUGAAAAGAUUUUACAGCUGAAGUGAUUUAUUUUAUCUUGUGCAGGAUUUUAUAGUUCAAUGAACUCAACUGAGGGGAUAAGGAAUUGUUUUAUACUUAAAGAUACCUUGGGCUCUAUGGCAGUGGUGCAAAACCUUUUCUACAGGUGCUAAAACACGAAAUAAUUAUUAAAUGAUGAAGACCCACCUUGUCACAAUUUCAAUAAAACAAUGGUUUAACCCUCGGUAAACCUCACUGCCGUAAAGCAUAAUAGACUUAUGAAUUUAUAAAAGUUUAAGGACCUCAGAAUUUCAUGUGGAACAGAGAUAUUAGACUUGAAUAAAGCCUUAAUGUUAAAAAUUCCAUUCCACAAUAGCAACAUCUACUGACACACAUUGGCUCAACAUGAUGACACUGUUGAGAUUGUCAGCUGUUGUCAUGUAUGCAUUUCAGGAGCAAAAACUCUAGUUGUAGUGAUAAGCCAAGCCAUGGCUGGGACUGAUAAAGACACAGAUAAUUUUAUUCAAUUCUUCUGUUGAUGUUCUGUUUCUGUUAUUCAUUGAAUUGAAGCCACGAUUUUAAAAAAUAGUUAAAUAUAUAUUUAACAUUCAUGCUGUUUCAACUAUUAAAAAGAUCAUAUUUCAAAUAUAACUCAAGAAUAAAUCUUCUUUUGUAACUGGUCAAACUGCAUUUGUGUUCAAUGGUAUGUCAUGAAAUCCAGCAAAUUUAAAGUCAUUCACUUUAUUUGAGAGUUAAAUUACAUUUUUUAAACAAAGACAAUUAAAUAUGUUUAAAUCCAAUCUUGCCUAGUACCUGUUCCAUGAAAAAUUUUGAGUUCUUUAAAAUUUCACUGUUUAAAGUUUGUUUAAAGGAGUGUAAUUGUGGGAGAUUCUGGACUUGAUUUGUUUCUUUUUAUUCAGGCUACUAUCUUGAAUUCUUUUAUAAAAUCCUUCCAUUAAAUAAGUAUUUGGUAGAAAAGUUGGGAUUUGAUUAUAAUUGAAAUAUUCCCAAAUAAAGAUAUAAAGUGAAUUAAAUAAUUAUUUAUAUUUAAAAAAAAAUUAAUAGUCCUUUUUGCACAACCCCCACCCCAUGUUCAAAGAGACUAUGAAUGCCAUAUCUGCUUAGCAUUUUACAUACUGGGAGUAAAUUAUGGGGAUGACUGCAAUUGAGCUAGUAAAAUUGAUUUAAAAAGGAGGAGCUUGGGCAAGGCUUAUAAAGUUGGCAAAUAUUUCAGCAGAAAGGCUUCAUUGUAAGCAAAAUAUUGGGAAUGACUAAGCAGAAAUAUAUUUAAAUUGAAUAAGAAUAAAAAGUAAAUCAACCCAGUUGAGAAAUACUCUCCAGUUGCCAGGUCAACAAAUGAAAGGAUUAUGGUGAUGCUCUCUAGCCUCAUGUCAUACUUUACCAUACCCCUAUCUCUUGAAACUUGUUGAAGACAUUUUUUAUUGUCUGCAUUAUUAAAUUUGUAUUAAAAAUGGCAUUCAUACACUUUUCUUUGCCAGAUACCUCAAGUCUUGAUGUGUCUCAGUGUUACCAUUUAUCUCAUCUUUGUGUUCCAUGAUAAAAUACCAGGCUUCAGAUAAACAUCAUUACACAAUGGUCUACGGAUCUGCCCAUUUUUUAAUGUAAAAUAAACAUUUCAAAGUAAUUUUAGAUGUGUUUGUACUUUUUAAGUAGUGAAAAAUGAACACACAGCAUUGUUUGUUCAACAGGUGCUUUUAUGUAUUUAGAAGGACAUGAAAAUGUGUUUUUAAAUCUAUUGGUUGUGAUUUAUAUUUUUAAAAAAAUACAUUAACCCUUUCAUUACCGCAGGGUUUUGGCAGC